ACCGGAGUCACCCCUCCAUAAGCCAUAAUAAUUACGGUCCCAUGACUGUUGGGACUCGCGAGAGAAAUUGGCUCCAAGGCUCACACGCACAAGCGUGCCAAGUCUGGAGACUUGAGGUUCGAUGAGCGCUUCGAUCUAGUAGUGCUCAUGUGGUGCUCUCUGUGCAUCGCCACCUCGUCUCCAGCAUCCCGGACUUUUGAGCCUCGAGCAUCUCAGUCUCUCGAACGCUCGACUCCGCUAUAUAAACCUCUCUGAUGCGCCCGGAGUCGUGGUCUGUGCGAGGAAUUUUCUCUCGUUCGAAUUGCUUGCGAAGCCGAGAUUUGCUCGUCUGCUCCGAGCACUACGACAUCCGCUCGCCUUCGUGUUGCAGGGGCUCGGUCUGUUCUGUUCCAGCUCGAAGGGUCUUGCCGACGUCUCAGUGUUGUGAGUCAAGAUGGUGGAGGUGUUCAGUGUGCCGGCGUUCUUCAUUCUCUUUCGAGAGACAUUGGAGGCUUCCAUCAUACUCUCAGUGAUGCUCUCUCUGCUGAACAAAGUGGUUCCAGAUCGAGCCAUGCGGUGGAAGAUGCAGAAACAGGUGUGGAUGGGAGUGGUGGUGGGAGUGGUAGUGUCGAUGGUGGCCGCCGCCGUGUUCCUGUCGUUGUACUACACGGUGGCGAAGAAUGCCUGGGAUAGCAGUGAAGCUCUGUGGGAAGGCAUUCUGAGUCUCGUGGCGGUCGUGCUCAUCACGAUCAUGGCGUUCUCUUUGAUCAGAGUGGACACUUGGCGGGCCAAAUGGGAGAAGAAGCUCACGAAGGUGACCAUCGAGAGUGUGGAGAAUUUCGGCAAGUUCCAGAGCACGAAGAGCAAAUACGCCUUCUUCCUCAUGCCUUUCACCAUCGUCAUCCGCGAGGGCGUCGAGGCUGUCAUCUUCCUCGGAGGCAUUGGACUCGAAGGGUCCGGCACAGCGUACCCUCUGGCGGCCAUCACCGGAGCAAUGUGCGGCAUCUCCGUGGGCAUUCUGCUGUACAAGGGUGGCAACCAUGUGGCAUUCAGGUGGUUCCUCGGAGCAUCCACGGUGCUGCUGCUCGUCAUUGCGGCCGGACUCUUCUCAGGCUCGGUGCACGAGUUCGAGGAGUACACGGGCAACGAGCACCUCAUCUGGAAGCUCCACUGCUGCCACCACGACGGAAACGGAAUAUGGAAGCUCCUAAGCGCCGUGGUCGGCUGGCGCGACGAGGCCUCAGUCGGCACUCUCACCUCCUACUUCGCAUUCUGGGCCUUCGUCCUCGUCUGCUUUCUUGUCCUCAGAAUAAAAUGGAAACGGGACGCUGAGCGAGACGCCGCUGCUGAGAAGGCUGCGGAGAUGGUGAACAGCCACGCCUCCGCUGUGCCAGUAUAAGGAAGAAUGCCCGUGCUGCUCGUUUUACCUCGGCGCCAUUGAAGCCCUUCUGCGUGGAACGUUUUGUGUGGGAUCUUUCAGACUGAUUGUUGGACGCUACCUUCUGUCGGUCUGUGACAGUCGAGCUGUAUUUGGACGAGAUUUUCUACCGAGUGUUACUGGUGCUCCAUAAUGUUGCGGUGAAAACUUCGUCUGAAAUCUGUUGCAUGGCGACAUGAGUCCCUCUGAAGUUUCUGUCGGACCUGACGUUGCAGUGAUCACUCACUUCCUGCGUCAACGACGUGCUCAGAUCGUCCGAUCCCAGCUGAAAGGACGAGGGAGUCCCGCAAAUCGAGCAAAUUCUACCGCAACGUAGCCUCGAGACGACAUCAAGAGGGGACUUGGACCUUUAGAUGAAUCUCAAUUUGUACAUUGGAAGUUUACAAUUUGUAGCAAAUGUGUCGACUAAGUUUUCCUUGGCUCGCGAGGGUUAGAGAGGAACGUCUGUAGGUCAUGUCUUGGGUCGCCGUCUCACGGAAGGGAUGCAAGGAAACGGGAGCUUGAUCCCUCUUCUUGGCAUGGCCCGAGAUUGUGCUCAAUGUUGUUCAGAUAUUAGCAUGAUAUAUACAAGGAAGCCGUGAUAUCAGAAACUCUGCUUCUACCUUGACCC